AUGCCGUGGGCGGAGAGCUCGGUCGAUCGUGCGUGGGUACCGUCCCGUCUCUUUUCGCGCGCCGUGCGCGGGCGGCCGUUCCGGCCGCGACCCCCGUUUGCCGCACGCUCUUUCGCGGCGGCGCACGGACGGGUAAGGAGGGGCGUAUACGGCCGGCUCGGUCCCCGCUCUCGCUUGGUGUGGGGGAGGAAGCGCCGCUGCCUCGUCACUCAGCUAUUCCCCGCGGGCUCCCUCGAGAAUGAGCGCGCCCGACUUCCCGACUUCGCGUUCCGUGCUCAACCUUUGAUGUCUACGCGUGCGCCUGGGUGCGGGAAAACUACACUCGGCGGCGCAGACCGGCUCGUCGCGCUGCCCGGCGUCGAAUGUGGAUCGAAAUCGAACGAGUGCGCUGGCAGCAUCGUCGGACGACACACCAAGGUGAGCAUACUUGGCGUCGGAUCACCUGCGAUGGCGCGGUCUUUGCGGACACCAACUGGCGGCGUGCGACGCUGGACGCGCGACAGCCGACGCUGA